AUGGCUAGGAACGGGGCCGGGCGCUGGGCAGAUACGGGGCCGGGUGCUGGGCUAGGGACGGGGCCGGGUGCUGGGCAGGUACGGGGCCGGGCGUUGGGCAGGUACGGGGCCGGGCGCUGGGCAGGUACGGGGCCGGGCGCUGGGCAGGUACGGGGCCGGGCACUGGGCAGGAACGGGGCCGGGCGCUGGGCAGGUACAGGGCCGGGUGCUGGGCAGGUAUGGGGCCGGGCGCUGGGCAGGUACGGGGCCGGGGCGCGGGCUAAGUACGGGGCCGGGCGCGGGCGUUAUACGGGCCGGGCGCGGGCUAGGUACGAGGCCAGGCGCUGGCGACAGACGGGGCUGGGCGCGGGCUAG